AUGGCUACCAACGCCGCCAACGCCGCCACGCCACAGGCCGUCAUAGGCCAUGUGCAAAAGCUAGGCGAUGCUGACCCCGACUUUCGCUUCAUGUCCCUCAACGACUUGCUGCAGCUGCUUACGACUGCUCGGGAUGACUUCCUCCAGCACGACUAUAACAUCGCCGCAAGAACCGUUGAUGGCAUCAUCAAGACGUUGGACGACCAGAAUGGAGAGGUGCAGAACCUAGCCAUCAAGUGCCUUGGGCCGCUUGUUGGCAAAGUCCCGACACCCAUCAUUGCUCCGAUGAUCGACAAGCUGUCGUCACUGAAGCUCAAGAACUCCGUCGACACCGCUGUGCCUGCUCUGGCGCUUCGAGCUGUCAUCACCGCGCUUCCUCGACCGAUCCCAGGCAUUCCGAGUACCCCUGGUGUUCAGGAGGCAUACAACGCCGUCAGCCGUGUUCUGAUCCCCCGGCUUAUUGGGCUGCUGCAGGAUGAGAAUGGCGUCAACGCUGAGGCAGUCGAUGUCCUAGUAGAAGUUGUCCGAUGUUUCGGCCCUUUGCUGCAACAGGUUGAAGUUGAGGCAAUGCAAGAGGUUGUCUUGCAGUUAUUGCAGGGCGAUAAGGCUACAUCUGUCGUUAAGAAGAGGGCUGUUGUCGCCAUAUCUAUGCUCGCCGUCUAUCUAUCCGAUGCACACCUGGAAGAUGUCAUUAAUCGUAUCACUGCUGGCCUGUCCGAGUCCAGCAUCCCCCCCGUCACACGUCGUCUCUACAUUUCGAUAAUGGGCAGCAUGGCCCGCUCAAUCCCUCCUAGAUUCGGCACGGAACUCGAAGAGCACCUAGAGAAGAUUAGCGAUGGCGAUGACUUGGGACCAGAGUUCAAUGAGAUCCGCGAGACUGCUCUCGUCGCACUUGAGGCAUUCCUGGCUUCGUGCCCACAGGAGAUGCGGCCCUUUACGGAUGCCUCCCUCGCUGCUUGCUUGCGAUAUCUCAAAUAUGAUCCCAAUUAUGCCGUUGAUGACGACGAGGAGAUGGAUGUCGAUGAGGAAGAAGAGGAAGACCAGGACGAUGAAUUCGAAGACGACGACGGAUUCGAGGAUGACGAUGACGACGCAAGCUGGAAGGUUCGCCGCUGUGCUGCAAAGGCCAUAUACACCCUCAUCUCUACCCGCGGUAGUGGCGAUCUUCUGGAUAACGGCGUAUUAUACAACCAGGCGGCCCCUAACCUUGUGAAGCGUAUCGAGGAGAGAGAAGAAAACGUUCGUCUCGAAAUCAUCUCUGCCCUGUCGCUGCUCAUUCGCAAGACUGGUGAAGGCCUUCACACGGUGGAUCUGACCCGUGAUGAGUAUGAGCCCGAAAUCGUCUCCCAGAUGCCUCUCAGUCGCAAGAGGAGAAGACAAAGCAGCGCCGGAGGAUCAAGCGCUGCCAAAUUCAUGGCGGGCACCGGCAUCACAUCACUUGCUGCUGAGAAAAUCCCCUCCCAGGGCCCACGAGCAGACCUCUCCAAGCUUACGCCCACGAUUGUCAAAGCCGCAACGAAGCAAUUGAGAGGAAAGACGGUCCCAACGAAGCAAGCCAUCAUUAGCAUGCUGGACGACUUAGUGUCUGUUCAGCACGGUGGCCUCGUUGAAUUCUUCCCAGAAAUCAUCGGCCCCAUCAUCGAAGCAGUCAAGACCACUGGCACGAGUUCAAUCUCGUCUUCUCUUGCGGCAGCGGGAGGUUCUGCCUCGGCAACCCCAAGCACCUUGCGCGUCGCUUCAUUGAAGCUUAUCAGCGAUAUCGCCAAAACGCAUUCAUCCUCUGUAUUGCAACCAUAUCUUAGCAAGGUUGUUGCUGGAGUGGCGUCUGCCGUUCAUGACCGCUUCUACAAAAUCUCAAGCGAGGCUAUCCGCACCUCAGAAGAGCUCGUCAAGGCGAUUACCCCCCCUCGAUCACGAAACGGUGGUUCGAAGUUCAAGGAUGACCUGGAUAAGCUCUACGAAGUCAUCGUUGACCGUGGCUCUGCCAAUGAUGCUGACGCAGAGGUUCGACAGCGUGCUAUCCAUGCUCUAGGAAUUCUUAUUUCUAGGACAUCUGGCUCAGAGGCAUCCGGCCUUCUAUCGGCUGAAAAGCGCACACUCGCCUUGAAUAUUAUUCAAGAGCGGCUGAGAAAUGAGACAACUCGUCUUGCUGCGGUGCGCGCUGUUGACAACGUUGCUGCAUUUGCUGUAUCGCCCGACCAACUGGAGCAAGCGUGGGUCCAAGAUGUAGCCCUGGAGCUCUCAGCUCAGCUGCGAAAGGCAAACCGAUCUCUGCGAGGCUCCAGCAUUCAGGCCCUCAAGCAUCUUGUUCUUUCAAAAGCUACUCAGGGCAAGCUAGAACCAGCUACUAUCCAGGGAAUAGUAUCGGCGUUGCUACCCACGAUUAAGAACAGCGAUACACAUCUCCUCGGCCCAACUUUAAUCAUUCUCGGCAACAUGGUACAAGGACAUGCUAACUUGAUUAUCAACGACGAGAUGAUUGGUGCGCUUUGCCAGCUGCUGAAAUCCCACUUUGCCAACAUUGUCCUCGACCAGCUUCUUGACUUGAUUAGUCGAGUCGGCGAGAGUGGCGCUGGCGAACCUCUUAUGCAAGGCCUUCUCAAGGACGUGAGCGUUCAGGGAGACCCGAUUGUCGUGGGCAAGGUGAUUGGCACUCUGCUCGUGACGGGCGGUACCUCGGCUGGCGUUUCUCUCGAUAGCUUCGUCACGGAGCUUCACGGCAGUACCCAGCGCGGAGACGAGGCCGGUGUAAGCCUCGCCCUUGCUGUCCUAGGAGAGUCGGGUAUGAGGCUUGGAGCCAAGUCACCUCUUCAACCUCAGUUGUUCUUGGAGCAAUUCCAUGCAGAGCCAGACAAGGUGUCGCUGGCCGCUGCCAUUGCACUCGGCCGAGCUGGAUCUGGAAACGUGCCGGAGUAUCUCCCAGUCAUUCUCAAGACGAUGGAGGGUGGGGGCAACACGCAAUACUUGCUUAUCCAGUCUAUCAAAGAGAUUCUGCAAUCAAUUUCGUCACAGUCCACCGAUCUCCAGACCUAUGCCAAAGCAAUCUGGGAUCAGCUUAUUGGAGCAUCGCUGAAUGCUGACAACAAGAUUAUCUGCGCCGAGUGUGUCGGCCGCCUGGCCACACUGGAUCCUGCAACAUUUAUGCCCAAGCUCCAGACGCUUUUGAAGGAUGAAUCAUCAGGCAUUCGAGGCAUGGCAGUUCAGGCUGUCAGGUACACGCUCCCAGAGAGCGAUGAGACGUUUGAUGCAAUGCUCAGAAAUGUCCUCAUUGAGAUGCUCUUGACAAUGCUGCAAGACUCGGACAUGGAAAUUCGACGCCUGGCGAUGACGACGCUGAAUUCAGCGGCUCACAACAAGCCAGAUCUUAUUCUGCCUCACCUAGGCGAACUACUGCCCUUCGUGCUCAGUGAGUCAGUAAUCAAGAAGGAGCUUAUCCGGGAGGUCAUGCUAGGCCCCUUCAAGCACAAGGUCGACGACGGUCUGGAAGUCCGCAAGAGCGCAUACGAGACCCUCUAUGCACUCAUGGAGACGGCUUUCACACGGAUCAACAACAUUGACUUUUACGAUCGAGUUAUCGCUGGUCUCAAGGAUGACAACGAUAUCCGUCAGCUUUGCAACCUGAUGGUUACCAAACUCAUUGUCAUCGACCCCGAUGAGACGGCUCGCCGCUUAGACUCGAUUGCCGAAGCCUACCGUGGAGUCCUCUCCAUCAAGCUCAAGGACAAUGCCGUCAAGCAAGAUGUCGAGAAGCAGGAGGAGACCAACAAGAGCAUACUGAGAGUAACGCUUCUCCUGGGAGACAAGAUGAAGGCGAUGACUGGAAACGCCGGAGCCGCGACCAGCAAUGCAGCGGCAGCGGGCGCGUGGACAGGUUACUGGGAGUGGGCGAACAAGGAGUUUGAUCGGCAACUUAAAGGUCUGCGAGAAGAGAGCAGCCAGCUCCACACGAGGACGCUCUGA